GGUAUUUCUCAUUUUUGUAAGUUGGGAAGAGAACGUGUGAUUUCAAGAUCCAUUCUUUUGAAACUCUGCCACUCCCUUUGCCUUUUCAGAAGAGAAUCAAAUUCUUCGAUCCUUGAUUCCUUCUUCGGACACACUCAAUUCCAAUUCCUCAAAUCAAGCGAAAAUAUUUCUUUCGCUUUCUAUAUAAUGAUAUUCAUCUUGUUUUUGUUAAUCUCAAUUUAAACUCACUGUUAAUGGUUUGUGACUUGUUAAUCAGCUGAAAAAUAAUGAUGUUGGUUACUUUGUUGAGAACGGCUUGGAUUGCUGGGACUCUACCCAUUUUACUCGCCUGUAUACCGUCACCCAAACUCUAUGCGUUUCACAAUUUAUUGUUGGGGUUUGCUAAACGCGGCAAGACUAUGCAUUCUUCUUCACGCAAGUUCACAGUUCCUCAGAAAUACUUUAUUCACUUCUAUAUACUGGCAGUUAUAUGGACAAGUAUUCUACUAGCUACAACAUGGCAUUAUGCAUAUAGAAUAACUCCAGCAGUUUCUGAGCCAUCACUAUAUUCUAGUAUUGCCAACCACUUGACGGGAUCUUCACAUGUAUUUUCCUUGCAUAAAUCACAUUCAUCUUCAAGAGACCACAAAUAUUGUGUCUGGCAGUCUGUAUUUAUGCUUCUACUGAUGGAAGUUCAAGUAGUGCCACGCCUUUUUGAGAGUCUAUAUGUAUUCAAGUAUAGUCCUUCAGCUCGGAUGCACAUUUUGGGCUAUCUCACAGGCCUAUUUUUCUACACAGCAGCUCCACUAUCCCUUUGCUGUAAAUAUGCCCCAGAGAUUUUCAAAUUUGUGGCUGAUUCAGUUGCAGAGUUUGUUAUCAAAGGGAAAGAGAGGAUGCAAGUCGCUGAAUUUGAUUGGUGGGGACAUUUGUAUCCUCUCCUGCACCUUAGGUGGUAUAUAUGGAUUGGUGGAGCUAUUUUCCUUUGGGGUUGGAUUCAUCAACGCCGUUGCCACACCAUUCUUGGUUCGCUGAGAGAGAAUGAAGAAAAAGAUGAAGACUACUCAAUUCCUAACGGUGACUGGUUUAAAUACAUAUCCUCUCCACAUUAUCUGGCUGAAAUUGAGGUUAUAUACGCCGGAAUUGUGAUUGCUAGUGGGUGUUCAGAUGUUACAAUUUGGUUACUAUUCGUAUUCGUGGUAGCAAAUCUUGCCUUUGCAGCCAAAGAAACACACAAUUGGUAUCUGCAGAAAUUCGACAAUUAUCCCAAAGAUCGUACUGCAAUUUUUCCAUUUAUUUAUUGAGGUCACAAUCAAAUUGUAUAUAUGUUCUUGUAUAGGGUAAUAUAAAAGGCCCAAAAAUUUCUUUUAGUUAAUGAUGAAAGCACUCAAACUUUUGGAAAUAGUUUAUUUGACCCAUUUAGGUCAUCUUCCAUUCAA